AUGACGUCUGUGUCGGAUUCACCUCUGAAUAGAUCAAGAAAUAGACCUGUUUUGGCUCGUUAUAAGCCCUGUGGGGAAGCUACAGACCAGAGAGCGGGCAACAAUGCAUUUUCAACCCUCUGGUCUGACGGUGUUGUGGCAAUAAUCCUGAGAUGUAGUGGGGUCGGCAGUACUGGUAAGCCGCGACGACGGAGGCGUCGAGUGCGGGGCGCCGUGCCCGCCCGCGCGUCUCGUCUGCACCGCCGAGCUGUCAAACCGCCUCCGUCGGGCACCCGGCUUGAACGCACCGGCAUAGCGCCGCACUAA